GCGGAGGGAGGCGGUCCUGCGCACCUGCGGGGAGCGGCCUGCGGCGUCCUGUCACCGUCGCUCACCUAUCCCAGCUGCGGAGCCGUGAGGAGGACGCCGGGAGAGCCCGCUGCGCGGUCGCGAGAUGGACAUAGUGGUCUUUACGGAUGUGGCUGUGAACUUCACCCGGGAAGAGUGGGCUUUGCUGGAUCAUUCUCAGAGGAGGCUCUACCAAGAUGUGAUGCUGGAGACCUGCCGGAACCUGGCUUCCGUGGAUUGUUUCACGCACAAAACCAGUGGAUCAUGUUCUCAGAGGAAAAUUUUGGUGAAGGAAAUAUCCAGUGAAGAGAAAAUUGUAAGAUUCACAGGAAAAGAUUUGUGGUCUGUGUUUGAAGAACCCUGGACAUUACAUAACGUUGCAGAUCAGCAGCAAAUGCAGGAGAGGCCUUGGAGCCGUCAUUUUGUGCAGAGACCCUGUGAACGUAAUGGAGGUCGUCAGUGUGGAGACACCCUGACUCAGAUCACAGAUCUUUCUGUGCCUGGGAGACGUCCGAAUGCAGGUAAAUCUUCCGGAUGCAGCAAGCGUGGAAACUCCUGCCCAGAUCAUUCCUUCCUAAAAAAUCAGCCCGACUCUUCCACUGGACCCAGACCUCAUUCCUGUGAGGAGUGUGGAGAAGGCAGCAGGUGUGUCCCAUGCCUCAGCACUUCCGGGGACACAGACCUUGUGGAGAAACCCUGUGAACGUCAGGAUGCAGGGCAUGCAUCCAAGCGAAACGGGAAGCAUCUCAGUCAUAAGAACUCUUUUGAAUGUGAGAAAUGCAGAAAAGCUUUCACUUGCUCCUCAUCCUUUCGGGGACAUGUGAGAGGUCGCUGUGGACAGAAAAUCCAUGUGUGCAAGUUAUGUGGGAAAGCCUUUAUGUAUUACUUUUACCUUACAGGACAUGUGAAAACCCACACUGGAGAGAAAGCCUAUGAGUGUAAGGCAUGUGGGAAGGCUUUUGGUAGCCCGAAAUACUUUAGAAGACACGUGAGAACUCACAGUGGAGUGAAACCCUAUGUAUGUAAGGAGUGUGGUAAAGCCUACAGAUAUCUCACCAACUUGCAAGAACAUGCAAGAACACAUAGUGGGGAGAGACCCUAUGUAUGUCAGCACUGUGGGAAAGCCUUUAGUCGUCACUCCUCUCUUCGAGGACAUGUUAGAACGCACAGUGGGGUGAAACCCUAUGAAUGUCAGCAAUGUGGGAAAGCUUUCAGAUAUCCCGCCAACCUGCAAGUACAUGUGAGGACCCACACUGGGGAGAGACCCUGCGAAUGUCAGCACUGCGGGAAAGCCUUCAGGUAUGCUGCAUCCUUGCGGGUACAUGUGAGGACUCACACUGGGGAGAGACCCUAUGAAUGUCAGCAAUGUGGGAAAGCCUUCAUUAGUCACUCUUAUCUUCAAAAACAUGUGCGAACACACAGUGUGGAGAAAUCCUAUGAAUGCAAGGAAUGUGGGAAGGCUUUUAGGCAGCUUCAACAUUUUCAAGGUCACAUGAGAAUGCACAGCGGAGUGAAGCCUUAUGAAUGUAAGGAGUGUGGGAAAGCCUACAGUUUUCUUUCAUCCCUUCGAAUACAUGCAAGGACGCACAGUGGGGAGAGACCCUUUGAAUGUCAGCACUGUGGGAAAGCCUUCAGUCGUCUCUGCUCCCUUCGAGGACAUAUGAGAUCUCACAGUGGGGUGAAACCCUAUGAAUGUAAGGAAUGUGGGAAAACCUUCAGGUAUCCUGACAACCUGGAGGUACAUGUGAGAACACACACUGGGGAGAAACCUGAUGAAUGUCAGCACUGUGGGAAAGCCUUCAGGUAUCCCACAUCUCUGCGAAAACACGUGAGAACGCACAGUGAAAAGACUACCUAUGAAUGUCAGCAAUGUGGCAAGGCCUUCAAGUAUCUUGAAUCCCUGCAAGCACAUAUGAAGACACAUGAUGCACAGAAUCUCUGAACACAAAGACUGUGGGACAUCUUCAUUCUCCCUUAGUACCUUGUUACAAAUAUGAGCAAACACACUGGAGAGAAACUGUAUAGAUGAAAAUUGGAAAAAUUUUUGGAUGUAGCAGUUCACUUAUUUUGUACAUAAAAACCCAGAGCAGGAUUGAAAUCUCUUAAUUAUUAUAAGUAUGGUUUUACCUUUGUAAAUAGUUUAUUCUUAAAAGCGAUUUCCAGCGUUUUAAUUUUGGUUCAUGUUUCUGACAUGAAAACUUGAGAUGAUACGUACUUCUCUACAUCUCUUUAUCUGUACUACAUAUAUAUCACUUUUGACUUUAAGUAAUUGUACAAUUGUAUAAAACAUGCCUCAUUUCCAUUAAAAUAUAUUUUGCAUCCGGGGGUAAUAAGUGACUUUUUCAUGUGAAACUUGAUAUAACUUUAGGUGAAAGAAAUUUUUAUUCUUACAUUCCAUUAUGUUCCUACUGUAUGAUCAUGAUAUGAGACCUUUAUUGAAUCUCUGUUCUUGCCCACUGCUGCAAAUACUGGAAUUUUGUGACCUGAUAGCUAUCCUCUCCUUCAGUCUUUAUUUAUUGAAAGAUGUGUCUUUCACAUUUGUUAGUGAAUUCCACAUCUGCGUUCUUCAUAGAUUUUAAUAAUUAUGGCCAGAUCGCCUCAUAUUAUGUUCAUAAUUUGACUUCUGCUCAAUGUCCUUGAUUUUGGUUGUAUAUUGAGCACAAUACAGAGUAAUGAAGAAAGACUUUGUUAUGUGAUGAUGAAAGCUGAUGUCCAGAAGGUUCCACUGAUUUGUCUUGUCAGUUUGGGUGAGGUGGGAAACUGUAUCCCAUUGUCCUUCUGGUUAUUGUUUGAGGUAAAGGUCACGAGAAAAGAAAGUUGCCUGAGGUUUGGAAGGCAGAGCUGAAGAAGCCAUGAGUCAGUUCUCUGUACUGUCAGGAGACUUCAAUGCAUGGGAAUCUAGUGGGCCUGACUUACAGCACAGUCUUCUGAGUCCUGGCUCUGCCCAUCUGUGACAGCUCCAACCAAACUCAUGGUUGCUGUUAGUUUCUUUAUAGGCAGCAUGUUGUACAGACUAUUCUUGGGCCUCCCGCAUCAUGGGCUUUCUUUGGUUUUCAAGUUUACACAGAUCCUCGCAUUUUCCUGUAGCUCUUUGAUGUCCAUUAGGACAGUUUUUCCAGGUCUCUGACCUAGCAAUCUCUCAAUCUGUCACCCGCUUCAUCUCCUAAGACUCUCUUAAUUACAUGAUUUUUAUAAGAAGCAUCUUGUUUCUCUGUUGGCAGAUAUUUUCUUGCCUCCAUCCCAACACAUUUAGUGCUGAGCAAAAUGUAGGAAUCUUACUUCCCAGAUUACUUUGUUUAGAAGCUGCACUGAUCCUUUAUUUCUUGUUUCUAGAUACUUCCAUUGUUGAAAAAAGCCUUUGUGAAUAUGUUUGGCACUUUGUGGAAGUUUUCUCUUAGAGCCGAAUGCUCUCUAAUGAUAAACCCAGUAUGUUUAAUUAUGUUCAAUUUUUAGAUGUGAUUACUAAGUGUUUCUUUCAUUUUUAAAUUGUUUCAAACAAUAUGCACUUUUUCAAAUGGACUUUUUUCAUCGUUUCUUAGGUAGCUAUUAUUAUUCAGUUUUUUCAAAAAUGCUAAAUACCGACACAUACUACGUUUUAUAUUUCAUUAAUUGAGAGAAUAUGUUAAUCCAUUCUAAGGAAGAACUUAUUCUCAUAAUUGUGAAGAUUUUCACAUAUUCUGGGAUAAUAGUAAUAAAUAAAUGUACCUUUUGAAAUUA